AUGUCAUCAUCAUCGUCACCGCCUGUAUCGCGACCUCUGCAAAACUUGGAUCUAGACAGUAGUCCUCAGUUCCCUAUGCCGGAUGGCUUUGUCUCGGUCAUGAGCCCGUUAAACCAGAUGUUCCAACUAGAAGGAAACCUUGGGCCGGAACUGAGUUUCUUCCCAGAUGCUGGCGUCAAUCCAAGUGACGACACCGAAGAGUUUUCGGCGCAUGAGGUUUCUGCAGCCACGGACAGUCGAGCAGCUACAGCUCUAUCCUUGAUACCGCCGAGUGUGCCAUUCUUGGUCAACGGGAUCGAGUCUCGAAAUGAGCAUCGAUUCUUUCGGCAUUUCACAGAUGUCACAUCACGAGUUCUGACGUUGUCGACAGACCAGGACAACCCGAUACUAUCUGUGAUCCUCCCUCGAAGUCUGCAAGAUCCUAUGAUUCUAAAGUCACUCAUAUGUCUAGGAGCAUCGCAUCUAAUGAACCAUUUGGAGCCGGGUGCGAGCGAGAAUAUAGGGCUGCGCGCAGAUAAACAGCGCUUGCUACAACAGGCAGAGCACCAGCAGGUAGUACGGGCUUUUUCUCUAGAGAGUCUUCGCCAAGGAAGCAACGAAAAGACUACGGAGUUGGAAGCCGUACUUAUCAGUGCCCUGCUUCUGUGUCUGUAUGAAAUUUCCGAGGGUAAGGGCAAUGGAUCGUGGAAUCUGCGUCUGAAUAGUGCCCGGGAUCUAGUCCAGCACGCUCUGAGAGAGGAGAAAGAAUCCGGUUCAAUCAGUGAAACAAUGAUUGAGGAUGGUCUACUGGAUGAUGAAGAUGACGAAGGCAAUGAUAAUGAAGAAGAAGGAACCUCCCCGUCGAAAUCCUUCUUGGAUCUAGAUAUAAAUGACUUCCUGUUGCAAUUUUUUGCAUACCACGAUGUCUUUUCCAACGUGACAGUGGACAAGCCUAUAACAGAAGACCCCACCCCCCAUUUCUCUACCUUGAUACAGGGCCAUUACUUCUCUGUCAAACAGGGAUUGAAACACAAUCAAGUGCACAUGCUGGGGGUCAACGACGGCUUGUUUGACCUAAUCUCACGCAUUGCAGCGUUACGCUCUUACUCUAUGGGUGGCCACGUCCGGUCUGCAAUUGUCAUUUCGCAAGCAGUUGGGAUAUGGCAAGACCUCGAUAGUUGGCGGCCGCCGAGCACCACGCCUCCUCUUUCGGGGGAUCACAUGAAGACUUACGACGCAUACAUCACGGCGUUAUUCACAUGGCUAUUCUCCAUCAUCUACCCAGACAAUAUACACGAUGAGAAAGUGCAGAUGAUGGUGCGCCGAGGGAUCGAGAGCUUGGUAUCGAUCAAGCCAUCAGGAUUGUAUACAUUCUUGCUUUUCCCGCUCUUGGUCCAUGGUUAG